AUGAGCGGGGUGUGGGGGGCCGGCGGGCCUCGGUGCCAGGAGGCGCUCGCGGUCCUCGCCUCGCUGUGCCGGGCCCGGCCGCCCCCUCUCGGGCUGGACGUGGAGACUUGUCGGAGCUUCGAGCUGCAGCCCCCAGAACGGAGUCCCAGCGCGGCAGGCGCAGGCACCUCUGUCAGCCUCCUCGCAGUUGUAGUUAUUGUGUGUGGCGUGGCCCUGGUGGCAGUUUUUCUCUUUCUCUUUUGGAAGCUGUGCUGGAUGCCCUGGAGGAACAAGGAGGCCUCCAGUCCCUCUUCUGCUAAUCCCCCCUUGGAAGCCCUCCAGAGCCCCAGCUUCAGAGGCAACAUGGCGGACAAGCUGAAGGACCCCAGCACCCUGGGCUUCCUGGAGGCGGCCGUGAAGAUCAGCCACACAUCCCCAGAUAUCCCAGCUGAGGUGCAGAUGUCGGUCAAGGAGCACAUCAUGCGUCACACGCGGCUGCAGCGACAAACUACAGAGCCAGCCUCAUCCACCAGGCACACGUCCUUCAAGCGCCACCUGCCAAGGCAGAUGCACGUCUCCAGUGUAGACUAUGGCAACGAUCUUCCACCAGCAGCAGAGCAGCCCACCAGCAUUGGCCGCAUCAAGCCUGAGCUCUACAAGCAGAAGUCGGUGGAUGGGGACGAUGCCAAGUCUGAGGCCACCAAAAGCUGCGGGAAGAUCAACUUCAGCCUACGUUAUGAUUACGAGACCGAGACCCUGAUUGUGCAUAUCCUGAAGGCUUUUGACCUCCCUGCCAAGGACUUUUGCGGAAGCUCUGACCCUUAUGUCAAGAUCUACCUCCUGCCUGAUCGCAAAUGCAAGCUGCAGACCCGGGUGCACCGCAAGACCCUGAACCCCACCUUUGAUGAGAACUUCCACUUCCCUGUGCCCUAUGAGGAGCUGGCUGACCGCAAGCUGCAUCUCAGUGUCUUCGACUUCGACCGCUUCUCCCGCCAUGACAUGAUUGGUGAGGUCAUCAUGGACAACCUCUUUGAGGCCUCUGAUCUGUCUCGGGAAACCUCCAUCUGGAAGGACAUCCAAUAUGCCACAAGUGAAAGCGUGGACUUGGGAGAGAUCAUGUUCUCCCUUUGCUACCUGCCCACAGCAGGCAGGCUCACCCUCACCGUGAUUAAGUGUCGGAACCUCAAGGCGAUGGACAUCACAGGCUAUUCAGAUCCCUAUGUCAAAGUGUCCCUGCUUUGUGAUGGGCGGAGGCUGAAGAAGAAGAAAACAACCAUAAAGAAAAACACUCUCAAUCCUGUCUACAAUGAGGCCAUCAUCUUUGACAUUCCCCCGGAAAACAUGGAUCAAGUCAGCCUGCUCAUCUCAGUCAUGGACUAUGAUCGAGUGGGCCACAAUGAGAUCAUAGGAGUCUGUCGUGUAGGGAUCAAUGCCGAAGGCCUGGGUAGGGACCACUGGAAUGAGAUGCUGGCAUACCCCCGGAAGCCCAUCGCACACUGGCACUCCUUGGUGGAGGUAAAGAAAUCCUUCAAAGAGUGGCAGGGCCGAGCUGCUAGCUUCGACAGUGAGAGCUCGUGCCCAUCUCCGAAGCCACCUCCGACACCAUGAGUUGUGCGGCCAAAUAACACAAAUGGGACUCAGCAAUGUUCUCUUUGCACUUGUUCAACCGUCUAAACAGUGUUGUGCAGUCGCAGUGGCGGCAGCAGUGGCAGCCGUCCGUCACUCCAGAGUCUUACCUGCUCCUGUGUAGGUCAAGGCUGAGACACUUGUCGUGUGGUCAGAUCUGUCUUAGUCUUUUCUGUCUCCCAAGGUGAUGUUUUUGUGGUUUUUCCCUUUUUAUGGGUCUACUGUUAAGAAAAGAAAAGAAAAAAAAAAAGAGUAGGAAAAGACAAAGGGUGGAAAGCCCAGAAGUUGGUUCUAGAAAAUACAAUGUACAGUUUUUUGGAAAGAGGUAGAUUGAGUUUCUGAAAUGCAAGUUCCACAACCCUGGAAAACGAGGAAGCUCAGUGGGACUGCAGUUGCAUUUUCAGUGCCCUGCAGGAAUGAGGUGAAUCCAUGGAAGAGCCUUUGUGAGGCGAAUUACUAGUCUUUGAAGCUCUUUGCUGGCGGGACAGAAACCACGUUGGGACCAUCAGUCCCAUGUUGAAAUCACAAGACCUCUGAGGUGCUUGUGAGCCUUCAGCUGAAAUGCAGGAUUCCUCGCUCCCCUUCUUCGCUGGUUUUCCCCAUGAAUUGAAAACGUCUUGAUUCUUCAUGGGAACUUAGUCACUUUCUUUAGGAAUGAUUCCGCCGAAACUAAACACGCCAUAUGUUUUCUGAUGCGCCACAGUAAAUGAUCAUAUUUGUUUGAAAACAGGAUCUUUGUUCUCAGAAAUAACCUUCAUUGUAAAGCAGGAGAGACACAUAUGUUCUGGAAUGAUUUCUGCAUUAUACAUAGCUUUAUAAUUCCAUGAAGUAUCAAGUCUCUGUUUAAAAUGCCUAAACAGAUUAAAGAAAAACCUAGAUUAAAUGUUCUUUUCCAGAUGGGGAGUUUUGAAAUCCAAGUAGCAGUUUGAGUCCAUCUUUCCAUGAAGAGUACCUUUUUGAUUGAAACUGAGUCAGCGUAAGCCUAUUUCAGCCCCUUUGGCUCUGGGACAAUAUUCAUCUUAAACUUUAGUUCUAUAAAUUACUAAGUACUUCAGUGUUGUUUGUUUCAGUGGUUGUGAGGGUUUCUUGUUUCCUUUAGAUCUCUACCUUAGGCCAAACUCAAUUUAGGAAAAAAAAAAUGGUUUGAACUAUUCUGUGUUGUAAUAGCACAUUUCUGUUAAUAGUGUUCUUCGCACCAACCCCUAAAACCAGGUUGAUUUCCUCAAUCUCAGUUUGUACAACCCCAGUAAGCGCGUGGAGGUGAGUUUCUACUUUGACUUGUGGCAGCACAAUGCCAGUUUCCAGAGCUGUGUGUACUACUUGCAAGAGGCAAGUCUGCUGAAGAACCCCUUCUUUUAACAGUGGAAAAUCAAGAACAGAAAAUCUGUUCACACAUCCGUGUCUUAUUCUUUAUAUACGUUCCAUGGUAGAGGAGCAGCGACCAAUAAAGUAUCCCUCAUUUU